AUGGCUGAUGCGCCAACGCCCAACACGAAUAAGUCCGAGAUCGACAUAGUCAAGCAGCAAAUACAAAUCCUGGAAGGAAGGUUGCAUUCAGACGACCGUGGCCGGAUUUCUCGCAUCAUUAACCGCAUCAGCGCGUUGGAGGAAUCGGUGGAUAAGAACAAGGAAGAGGCCGACAUUGAACUCAAGAGCUCAUAUCGUAAUGCGGCUGCUGCAUGGGCACUCGUUGCACAAUUACAACAACAGAUGAAAAAUAUGGAACAUGUCUUGGAAUCGCAGUCUGAACAAAUGGCAAGGACAACAAGAGAAGUGGAAGACUUGCGUAACCGCCAACUGGAGCUGCUAGACAGCGACGAAGUUUUGGAGGAGCGCAUCGAAAAACUGGAAAGCACAGAACCUCUAUCGCCAACUCGAGAAUGUGGUCCGACCAGCACCCCUUUGAAUUUGCUACACAUCCUACCCACGACUACUGUGGUCUCCGCGAGGUCAUCAGAUUCAUCACAUGCCCCGCCAACUACCCAACCCACAGCCGCUGAACUUCCAAGAUCGUGGACGGUACACGUAUCUCUAAUGCCAUCCAAGGACACACCAUUUCCGUUUGAAAAGGACACAACCUCGUAUAAACGGUGCCUCUCUCGUGGGCUCCACCGUAUGUUGGCAGUAGAGGGCAACGAUGCACAGUCAUUUACGGAUGCUGUAUCGAGGGCGUUUGAGCCCCUGCUUAAAGGGAGAUCCUGGGUGCCACUGCAAGCAAAGCUUUGCGAUGCCGAACGUCUGCAAGGUUUGCCUAUGUUGCGACCGUUGGAGCCCAGGCUUCUCCAAGGCAACUACGACCAAGCUUUCUUAAAGCAACACUGUGCAGUACUGGAUGCUGGAGGCAGAAUUGAUUCUCUCUAUAUCGCGAUGGAACACGAUUCCCUAUCAUGGAAUUUUCUGAGGCGGUCACCUGUCUACAUGCACGGGUUGGAGCCUGCUUGGGCGCACGAUACUAUGCUCGACAAAAAGGACGAGCAAGAUGCUUCAAGGGAUCAUAUGGGGGACGAAGGCGAUGAGUCACCGCCUGCAGGCAACAUCGUUAGGGCCCUGACAGGUCUCAAGCGUAGAAUGUCCGACAUUUCGUGCUCAUCACUCGAUGACACUGAGUUGGCCGUGGCCAAGAUGCCACGAACAUGCAAAAGCUCGCCAUUGGAGAUACGACGCGGAGUGGAAACUGCACGAUAG